AUGGCCUCGACGAAUGACCCUGCCCUGGCAGCAGCAGCAGCAGCAGCAGCAGCUUCCUCAUCGGGCGCGCCUCCUUCGUCGUCCGCCACCCCUGCGAUCAGCGCCGUCGGCGAGGCCGCGGUCCCUUCAGCGCCUGAGGCGCAAGACGCGGGUCCCAACGUGGCGCGCGGCGCGUUCGUCGUGCUCGAGGGCAUGGACAGAAGCGGCAAGACGACGCAGGUCAAGCUGCUGCAGAGCCGGUUCAUCGAGGCGGGGAGGAGGGUCCAGCUUAUGAGGUUUCCUGACCGCACAACGCCGACAGGCCAGAUAAUAAACCAAUACCUCUCCUCCUCCGCCACCCUCCCAGACCAGUCAAUCCACCUCCUCUUCACAGCAAACAGGUGGGAGGCCGCGCCGACCAUCACCUCCCUGCUCGCACAGGGCGUCACCGUCGUCUGCGACCGCUACUACUACUCGGGGAUGGUGUACAGCGCGGCGAAGGGCAACCCGUCGCUGGGGCUGCCCUGGGCGCGCGCCCCCGAGGCCGGGCUCCCCCGGCCCGACGCCGUGCUGUUCCUGGACCUGUCGGAGGAGAAGGCGCGCGAGCGCGGCGGGUUCGGCGAGGAGAGGUACGAGACUGUUGAGAUGCAGCGGCGCGUGCGCGAGCUGUUCUGGGGCCUGAAGAGGGGGGAGGUCGGCGGGUGCCCGUUCCAGGAGGAGGAGGAGGACCUCGAUGUUGUUGAUGCUGGGAAGAGCGUCGAGGAGGUUGCUGAGGAGAUUUGGAGGGUUGUGAGGCAUAGGGUCGAGGCGGUUGACAACGGGGCGCUGGGUACGGAGGUUAGGAGGGUGUCGUGA